AUGUCUUCUUCGUUCCGUCCUUCAUAUGCCUGUUGUACCACACCGCGGAUUAUCGGGCCGCCGUAUGAGCCGAAAGGCCAGUUUGUAGAAGUCGAUGGAUUCAAAAUAUAUUGCAGCGGGCUGGAGACCGCGACGAAAGCCCUCUUCAUCAUCUACGAUGUCUUUGGCUACUCGUAUCAAAUACUUCAAGGCGCCGACUUUCUCGCAUCGCAAGGAUACAAAGUCUUCAUGCCUGAUUUCUUCGGUGAAAAUCCUGCGCCGAUGACAUGGAUGCCGAUGCCGGAUGCUUCUGGCAAGGAGCCUCCGGUCAACGAUAAAGCCUUGGAUGACUUCUGCGAGGGGCCUGGCAACACCGAGCAGACAGUCGAGAAGGUGCUUCGCCUUCGUCAAAGAUUACAAGCCGAUGAUAGCAGGAUACAGCAGUGGGGCCUGCUUGGGUAUUGUUGGGGCGGUUAUGUCGCGAACUUCUUGCUUGACUUGAAGUCACCGUUCGGGGCCUGCGUGGAGCUGCAUCCUGGGUUUCCAGCGAAGGAAGUGGCGGAAAAGGUCGCGAGGCCCAUUCUCGCGCUCUGUUCCAAAGACGAGCCUAAAGAAACGUACGCACACUUCAAGCCACACGUGCGCACCGAAUUCAAGGUCGUCCAUUUCUCGAAUAUGGUGCACGGGUGGUUGAGUGCACGAGGCGAUUUGUAUAGGCCUGAAGUCCAGAAAGAGUACCAAAGAGGGUACGAGAUGGUAGCCGAAUUUCUCACACAGCGGUUGGCGUAA